AUGAUUUUUGUUAUUGUUUUCUUAUUGUGGAAACCUAAUUUUUUAUUAAUAAUAGCAAAAUAGCACUACAUAUUAAGGAUUUAUAAGAAACAAAUUAAUUUUAUGUUAUAAAUAUCUUAUUAAACACUUAAAUGGAGCAGGAAGAAAGCAACUCAAAAAAAUCCAACAAAAAAAGCAAAUCCAAGAAGCCAAAACCAACUCCUGUAGACGAUAAUUCUUCCUCUAACGAAUUGGUGAUAGUAGACGAUAACCCUAUCACCUUAAAGCCCGUCCUUGUAACAAAAUCCACCCCAAAUAAAUUAAAUACUAGCCUAAAUGCAAAUAACCAUAAAAAGCGAAAAAAGAGAGACAGUGCCUCUAGUGAUGAAGAAAGAUGGUUAACUGCCAUAGAAAGUGGUAAACUUGAAGAUGUAGAUGAUGAGCUAAAGAAGAUUAAGCCCAAAGAUCCGGCAUUAAUGACUGCAAGGCAGAGGGCCAUGUAUGACAGAAGCAGCGAUCCAAGUACUUCGGCACAGUCAAAUUUAAUGUCACUACCUACAGGCUAUAAAGAGAAAGUAAUGACAGCAGAGGCCAUUCAGAAAGCAGCAAUAAAAUCCCAAAAACGAAAACAAUUAGCCGACGAAAAACGUGAAAAAGAUAAGAAAAAAACCAUGGAGAGACUAUUGAAAAAACAAGACUCAAAAGCUUUAAAACAGCCCAAAAUGAAAACGACAAAAACCAAUGUGCCCCUGAUAAUGUAUAAACAAAAUAGCAUGGCUACUUUUCUAUUAUAUCCAGAGGGGGUCGAUUUUCCUUUGAAACCAGUUAAAGCACCUGAGCCCUUGAAGCCGAUGCUUUGCGGGAUGGGGUGCGGUAAGUUUAAGAAAUAUGCUUGUUCAAAGACUGGGGUGCCUCUUUGUAGUUUGGAGUGUUAUAAACAGAAUCUGUCAGGAAGAAUUAUUUAGGAUUAAAUAUUUAAAUUAUUGUUAGCUUUAUAGUAACAUCAAAAUGGCAAGAAGAAUUUAUUUAUUUUCAGACGAGGAUUUGAAAGGUAUUUUGUAGGUAAUUUCUUAACUAUACUUUAAUUAUUGUGUAUAGUAGCAGUUUUUUGCUUUAGGUUGUAGGCCAGUCAUUCAUAUUAUGCGUUUUGUCAGAUUAUCUUUAUUAUCUCCUUUAUGGGGAAAAUUUUCUUUUGGCCUAAAAUUGACUACCUAUAUAAUUUAAAUAUUGUAAUUUCUUGAGCUCUUAGUCAUACUGUGCAAAACAAGUCUAUAAAUUUAAGAUUCAGUUUGUGAACACCCUGUAUUGGUUUA